GUGCGCGUUAUUUGAAAUGAUGGACCUCGAUCGCAUGUGUUCCCGCUUCCAUUGCAUGCACUUUAUGCAAGGAACCGAAAACAGUAGAGAGAUAUGGAAAAAGAGAGAGACGGUGAGAGAGCGAAAGAGACAGAGAGUCUCCUUCACCAAUCACCAUGACGAGUUUCCAUCUAAAGAGAAACUGUUUCAGUUCAGAUGAAGGAGUCGAGAUGAUGUUAGCUGGCAAGCACGCCUUCUGCAGAGCAUUUCAAAUGAAUGUACUCUUAGCUAAGGUUUUGAUGAUGAUAAUGUCGGGCUUCCAUCGUAGAUGAGCAGGCUGGAUAUGUAGGCAUGAACUCGUUGCGUAACCGACACGCAACAUACUCAAUGUGAAACCAGUGUCAAAUCUGAACUCGACGAGACAUAUUCAGAAUUCCCUCGUGUCCCACCAGUACUAUCUUGUUGGAUAUUGAGUUGACAGUAUGGGAUAUCUAGUUUUUCCUCACAAAGACCGGACUGAGCAGGUCGUGUAGCAAUCAGCAGCCUCGUUCUUGGCCUCUUCUCUCUCUUCCUGAGCAGGCAGAUCUACAAAGGAAAAGCGUACUUUGUGUGUCCCCUGGAAGAAAGAAUUCGAGCUGCUGUUGAUUCGAACGAUAGAGCUCCAUCGGAUCCUUGAGGUUACAAAAGCAGAGAGAAUAAUUCGUUGGAAAACCAGGUGAAACGAAACCAAGAGGGUCCGCCAAUGGUGAUAAGGAUCCCCUCCUAUUCGCGCUGGGUACUGCAUAUCCUGAUUGGUUUGCUGAUGGUAGCACCAAUUUGGAAGUCGCUCAGCUGGGCCAUCAAGGCAAAGUGCAUCAGCCGUGGCAACUAGAUUAUUGCCCCGUCGAAUUCGCCAUCGUCAAUUGUCUUCCUCCUCCUCUUCCAUUCUCUUGCCCAUUCGAUCCAUCGAACGACCGAUCCAUCGAUCCAUCCAUCGAUCCAUCCAUCCAUCUAGUGGGGAGAGUGGUGUGGGAGCACCGCUCCUUGGAGCAAUUGCCGUGUUGUUCUUUCGCGGAAUUAGGUGAAUUGGGCAACCUCCCAAAGUCAGUAUGGUGUCUGACUACGAAGAGAUGACAAAGGUGAGACGUUCGUCCUUGGACGACGAGGAUCUACCCGGAGUGGAUGCGGCUAAGGGCUUCUAUCAGAAAUACGAGCCCAAAGAAGUCCUCGGGAAGGGUCUCAGUUCCGUGGUUAGAAAAUGCAUCUGCAAGCAAUCGGGCGUGGAGUAUGCCGUCAAAAUCAUGGACAUGUCUGGGUCCAACGAGGACAACGCCAACAUCAGCCCCCAGCAACUCCGUGACGAGGUGCACCGAGAAGUCAGUGUUUUGAAGCGAGUCUCUGGACACCCGUACAUUGUGGAUUUGAUUGAUGUGUACGAAAGCACUACGUUCAUCUUUCUGGUGUUCGAACUUUGUCACAAUGGGGAGCUCUUUGACUACUUGACGAGCAAGAUCACCUUAUCGGAGAAGCGGGUCCGAAGUAUUAUGAAGCAAAUCCUUGAGGCAGUCGAUCACUGCCACCAGCUCCAUGUGGUGCACCGGGAUCUCAAACCAGAGAAUAUUCUGUUAGACGAAAACCUGAACAUCAAGUUGACCGACUUUGGCUUUGCUAAAAUUCUUUCCGAGGGCGAACGGUUGUGGGAAAUCUGUGGUACUCCCGGUUAUUUAGCCCCUGAACUACUUCAAGCCGGCAUGUUGGAAGCUCAUGAGUGUAACGGCUAUAGCUUUGAAGUCGAUGCUUGGGCGUGUGGUGUGAUCAUGUACACCUUAUUAUGCGGCUGCCCGCCUUUCUGGCAUCGGAGACAAAUUCUCAUGAUCCGCCUCAUCUGCGAAGGUCGUUACAGCUUCUCCUCGCCUGAAUGGGAUAACAUUACAGACGAGGCAAAGGACUUGAUUUCCAAGUUACUUGUAGUAAAUCCCAAUAACCGUUUGACGAUCUCACAAGCUCUAAAUCAUCCAGUGUUUCGGGCACAACGCCAUUCGCUGAGCCGAGGCAUGACGGAAACGGUGGAUUCAGAUUCGGUAAAUUCAUCCGAGAUCAAAAUAGUCCUAGAACCCGUGACCAAACAAUCAUCCGUCUCACCUGAAGUUGAGGCUUCAAGUCCCAAAUUUAAUCCAAGGCGGACUUUCAGAAUAGGUAUUCAUAGUGUGAGGUUCAUGGUUCGAUUUCAACGUCUCAAAGACACUCCCGAGCCACUGAGCCUUGAACAAACCCGUAUCAACCCUUACUCCAUGCGGAUGUUCCGCAAAGUCAUUGACAACGGUGCCUUUGGAAUUUACAAUCAUUGGGUGAAGCGUGGCGAGGGGCAAAAUCGAGCCGCUUUGUUUGAACACUACCCUAAACGGGAGCUGGUUAAAGCAGUACAGAGGACUUCGCUAAAGGCUUAAUCAAAAAUAUAUUGUUCAAAUUUUGAUUUCUCUCGUAUGCAAUCAGUAGAUAGUAACCAUGAAUCUAGUUUGUUCAGAGACGUUUUGCCAUAUACAACUGAGAAUAAAAUUAUUAGCAUCUCCAUCAA